AAUAACAGUAGCAAAACCCACCCUUUUUCUCCCACCAGGGGACUAUUUCCCAUCCUGACAGACUGAGGCUUGGCCAUAUCAUUUGUAGCCUCUAGGAUUUAUCGCUGCACUGCACUAGACUUGGCGUUUCGUCAACAUUUUGCCAAGUGGUGCAAUAGUUCAGUCUUCUGAUCAAAAUGGCAAUGAAAGUACAUCGCCCUGGUGCCCCAGCUCGCUGGCCACCUGUCGAAUACUGACCUUGAACUUCAGAGCUCAAUGUGUUGAGGUCUGGGCUACCUAUAAGACAGUCCCUUGCUCCAAAAUGAAGACCAGGUAUAACACUUGUGAGUCACAGUUGCAAGGCAAGCUGCACUUCUGUCUCCUUCCUGGUCUCUUUCAGUGUAAGUGUCAGAUGUAGUGCUUUUGCCUAUCCUGGGGUGGAAUUCUGCAAUUCUGUCCUCUUAGACUGGACCCUAAGCUACAAUACCCAGUGUAUAUCAAUUGGGCUUACACAGCAAGUCCAUCUGGGUUCGGCACCUGUGGUUCUUCUCUUUGAGAGUCUGUGACCAGACAUGCACAUAGCCUUCUUGAAACCGAAGUAUUAUUUAUUUGAACAAAGCAUUUAGAGAAAAGGAUCUUAAAACACCUUAGGUUUACCAUGCCCCAAUGGUAAGUUAAGCAGACCUAACUCCUUCAUACAUCCCCAGUGGGUGCCUGUGUUUUAAUGUGGCCCCUCCUGAACAGCUCCCCCUCCUCUUGAGAGACUCUUUUUAAACUGCUAUCAUCCUUUUGAUCUUCUGGUUCCCAAGCCUUUUGCUGCAAUGACAUUGUCUCUUUACAACCCUCAAGUGUUUGUGCAGAACUGGUUUGUCUUGCAACAUUCUGUUUCCUUCCUCUUUGAUUUCCUUAUAUACUAUACUAUUAUUGCUGUUAUACUAAACCAGUAUGUUCAUAGUAUAAACAUUGCAAUAACCAGGUCAACAUAUCAUACUCAAAUUAUUACAGAGCAGCUCCACUGCCAUCACACUAAGAUCCUCAGGAAUGAUGGAGUUUUCAGUAACUGGAAUAAGAUUACUUUGAGCUGGAGACAGACAUUUCAGUGGUUGGCCCCGACUAUCGAACUCCCUUCCACCAAAGCAGGGGAACUGGAGUGCUUAGGCUUCAGCAGACUCAAGACCAGCUUUCAACAGUGGGAGAUAAUGUAUUAAUCCAUUGGAAGCACAGAGUGGAGUCUUGCAUAUCACUUUGCAGUUUGUGUUGUGAAUGGUGUUUUUCAUGUAGAUGAAGGGAUCCACAUCAUUGUUUGAAAGGAUACUGCUUCACUGUUCAUUUUUCUGUUGUCUUUUGCUUCCUGUCCAAGCUUAGAUGUCCUUUUCCUGUUUGGAUAUAGAGAAAUUACCUAUUACAAUAUGGACACCAGUAAAAAGACAGAACCCCCUGUGUCUGUAGAAAUGGUACAACAAAGGGCGAACCCUGAUCACACUCCAGGAUCAAUUUAUGUUCCAGAACAAGGCGGUUACAAAGAGAAAUUUGUAAACACAGUGGAGGACAAAUAUAAAUGUGAAAAGUGUCAUCUCAUAUUGUGCAAUCCUAAACAGACGGAGUGUGGCCACAGAUUCUGUGAAACCUGCAUUAAUGUAUUGUUAAGUUCUUCUAAUCCAAAAUGUACAGCGUGUCAAGAGAACAUAGUUAAAGAUAAGGUAUUUAAGGAUAACUGCUGUAGGAGAGAGCUUCUUGCCCUUCAGAUAUAUUGCAGAAAUGAAAACAAAGGCUGCAAUGAACUACUAACACUGGCACAAUUACUGAUGCAUUUGAGAAAUGACUGUCAGUUCGAAGAACUUUCAUGCCACCGUGCUGAUUGCAGAGAGAAAAUAUUGCGGAAGGACUUGCCAGACCAUGUAGAAAAGACCUGUAAAUAUCGGGAAACUACAUGUAAAUACUGUAAAAGCCAAGUCCCAAUGAUUACAUUACAGAAACAUGAAGAUACAGACUGCCCCUCUGUCGCGGUUUCAUGUCCUCAUAAAUGCAGUGUUACAUCACUCUUGAGGAGUGAGUUGAAUGCACAUUUGUCAGAAUGUAUUAAUGCCCCAAGUACCUGUAGUUUUAAGCGUUAUGGCUGCACUUUUCAGGGAACAAAUCAGCAAAUUAAAGCACAUGAAGCCAGCUCAGCAGUGCAGCAUGUAAAUUUAUUGAAAGAAUGGAGUAAUUCUCUAGAAAAUAAGGUGGCCAUGCUCCAGAAUGAAAGUUUGGAAAAGAACAAGAGUAUACAAACUUUACAUAAUCAGAUUUGUAGCUUUGAAAUAGAAAUUGAAAGACAGAAGGAAAUGCUGCGGAAUAAUGAAUCUAAAAUACAUCAUUUACAGCGAGUGAUAGACAAUCAAGCAGAGAAAUUGAAAGAACUGGACAAAGAGAUCCGCCCAUUCCGACAGAAUUGGGAGGAGGCAGACAUCAUGAAGAGCAGUGUGGAGUCCCUUCAGAAUAGAGUGAGUGAACUGGAAAGCGUUGAUAAAACUGCAGGACAAGGAGCUCGAAAUACAGCCGUACUAGAGACACAGCUAAGUAGACACGAUCAAAUGCUGAGUGUUCAUGAUAUUCGGUUGGCUGACAUGGACCUCCGAUUCCAGGUGUUAGAAACUGCCAGUUACAAUGGAGUAUUAAUUUGGAAAAUUCGAGAUUAUAAACGUCGGAAACAAGAGGCCGUCAUGGGGAAGACUCUGUCAUUGUACAGCCAGCCUUUCUAUACUGGAUACUUUGGCUAUAAGAUGUGUGCCAGAGUUUACCUUAAUGGAGAUGGCAUGGGAAAAGGGACGCACUUGUCAUUGUUUUUCGUCAUAAUGCGUGGAGAAUAUGAUGCCUUACUUCCUUGGCCAUUUAAACAGAAAGUGACUCUGAUGCUAAUGGAUCAGGGAGCUUCUCGACGUCACUUAGGAGAUGCUUUCAAGCCAGAUCCAAACAGCAGUAGUUUCAAGAAGCCUACUGGAGAAAUGAACAUUGCAUCUGGCUGCCCAGUCUUUGUGGCUCAAACAGUGCUAGAAAAUGGAACGUAUAUUAAAGAUGAUACUAUUUUUAUUAAAGUCAUAGUGGAUACUUCGGAUCUACCAGACCCCUGACAUAUAAAUGGGGAGGCAGUUAAACAGAAGACAACUCCAUUUGGGGGUUUUCUAUCAGUUUGUCUUCAAUCAGAGGUCCUAAAGCACAAAGGACCACCUUGUGGAACAGAAGGAAGAGUUUGAAGGCAUAACUUCAUCGGGUCCAAUGGCGAAAGUAGCAACACAUUAAGAAAUCAUACCAUGGUAUAUUUUCUAAUAGAACUAGUAACACUUAAACUCUGAAGAAUUAUUUAUCCCUCAUGAGGAUAAUGAUUACAGUCAGAGAGGCUUUUUUAUUUAACUUAUUAAUCUAGUCAAUUGGAGGUGAAAAGACAUGUAAAGUAUGUGCUGAAUAAAUUACCUGACUUUUCUUCUUUUAGACUAGAAUACAAAAAAGUUCACAUGUGGGUUAGCUGGAAACUGUCAGCAUGUUAAGUAAAAGAAGAAAUGAUGAAGUAAUGUUGCAACUAUGAUAUAAUUAUUUUGAAAAACUAAGUGCAAUCGUGUCUGAAAUAUAGUAUAUUGUCUUUUUAAGGCCUCAUCUGGUCUCUGUUUUAAUAAUUACUUUGUCAGAAGACCUUGAAAAAUAUCCAGGUCUUCUUGAAAGUAUCUAAAUCAGAAUCAUAUUUUUAUUUAAAGUUCUAUUAAUAAUUGUUACAGAAAACAUUUUAUUUUAAAGCCGUUGAUAGACUGAUAUUUCUUGGAAGAAAAAUAGAAGAUAUCAAACACUGGUUAUCACUUGUGAUAAAAAAAGAAAUUAUUCAACUAUUGAUGUUAUUUCUCUUUAGAAAUGUAAACCUACAAUAUAUGUCGUAGUUAAUGACACUAUUUCAAAAUUAAGGAAAAAUCACUCAUGGAUGCUGUGCAUCAUUAUCAGAUUUAUAAUUGUUUUCACCCUAAAAUAGGGCAUUUGUUGAACUUUGGAGUUCUAAACGGAAUCCUGUACGCUUUUAAAGUUCUGCCUCAUGCUUUCCAAUCAAGCUAUAUAUAUUGCUGACAGCAUAAAUGUGCAACACCUAAUAUUUUCAGUGUGGGGAAAGAGGAUUAGUGCUGAAAAACAGCCAGUCAUGAUCCUCUAAGUUCAUUCUUUACUAGCGAUCAUUGCAUCUUAUUAAGGGUAUAUGAUCAGAAAGCAAUGGAAAGAUGAUGGUGGCUUGCAUGCAUACAUGUGCCUUAAAUGUGAUGUGCUGCUUAUAAACCAUAGCUUGGUAUUUAGAUUAAUUAUAAUACCCGAAAUGGUAGUUUUAACUGGACUUGAGGCAAAAUGUGUAGCCUUGUCUUCAGAGCCCUUAGAUAAUUUGCAACAUGCAGAAUAGAAGCCAAAGUCCAGGUUUGGCUGCGAGAGCUUCUGUGGAAUCCAUCAUGUUCAAGUGCCAAAUUUGUAUGCACACUGCUCCUAUGGAGCUUGGACUUCGACAGUGCCCCUAUGCUAACAUGAAGGAAGAUGUCGUGCUUCCUCCCAAUCCUGUGCAUGGAAGGUGGCAGCACUUUACAUUGACUAAUCUGAGAAUUCUGAGUGGCUAUUAAUGUAUACGCUCAAUGCCCGGAUUUCUUUGUUAUAACUGCCUGAACUUCAGCAGCAAGCAUUUCCCAGCCCUGAAACGUGCUGAUUGCAACCCACUGUGUUUAUCUACUUCUGCUUGUUAGUCUGGAAAUAGAAAGUCCAAUGGCAUAACUUAAUUAUAUACCAGCCAUCUGGGUGCUACUUUAAAAUCUGAGUGCUGCUUAGAGCUAAUGGGAGAAGCUAAUUAGUACACCUUUGUGCACAUGAGAGGGAAUUGUGCUGGUCGUCUUGACAGUCAGGGUUGUACCCAUUCUGUUUUCCACUUUUGGGGCGUAGCCACGAUAUUUACUUAGGGCUUAGUUGAAUUCAUGCCUUUAUAGUUCAGCUUGUCUCUGUUGCCAUUGUCUUUUAUGGCUGUGCCUUCACAAACUGUGCCUGCAAGAAGUACUUUCCUGUUACAAAUGUACAGUGCAUGCUAAGUUGUCUUCAUGGGUUUUCCAGGCACCUGCUAGAAUACUGCCUGCUUCUUGGCAUCCAAAACAUUCCACAACAAUCAGUCUUCCUGUUCUUGCCUUCCACUGUCUAGGUACUAUAUUCCUUUUAUGGUACAUAGGUGACAACAGGUGCAAGCUAUUGUGCUAAUGUUUCACUUUUGGCACAGAAGGAGGACUUCCUGCAGAAGAUCUAUAUGGCACUUGCAGUUUUAUGCAGGCAGCCUAAGUAAACCCAUCACUUAUGCUUUAGAGCAAAGGUUCACUCAACUUGCAUACCAUUCUAAUAGUCAUGAAUGUAGGCAGCUGAGCUUUUGUGUAUGUGCAUCACAGAAUUUUACUGAAAACAGGAUUCCCAAGUGGAAAUGUCCAAAGGGCUCUGCUCCCAUUGCUAAUAUAUGUAUUGUGAAAUUUAAAUGAAAAUGUAUGGUCACAUAAGAACAGUUUCUAUCCUGUUUGAAUCUGGGACUGAUUUAGGUGAGAGUUGUAUUAUAAUCAGGCCCCUUGUGUGUUUUGCAAUUUUGUAGAUGCAGGCUACAAGUCUUGCAGCAGAAUUAUGCUCCUGAAUUCAAGCUCUUAAACAAAAAAUGAAACAGGAACAAGUGUAAAUUUAGUGUAGUCUUCUUGAGUCUGCAUACAGCUGAAUAAUAGUUCUGGGAUGUCUGAAUCACCAGUUCAUCUCAGUGUGAUGUUAACUCUGAAACCUCUUGAUGAAAAUUUAAAUGUCAACAAUAAUUGUUUACUGGUUAUUUUACCAGAAACAUCAGCUAGUGUAUUUAAUCCAUAGUUCUCCAAACUUCAUUCCAUGCUUACUCAGAUGCCAGAAGUCCCAGCUGCCAAAACCUCCAGCUUCAUUCUGACAGCUUCUGUAAUGCAGUAAUGUAUUGUCAAUACAAAAAUCUUUUGGCAUAUACAUUGAUUUUAAUAUCAAGAUAAUCAACAUGGAAGCUGUAUUUUCAUUUUUAAAAAUGAUGUGAAGCUGCCACAGAAUUUCCAGUUUGCUCCCCUUAAUUCUGCAGAAUCCAACAAUCUUAUGCAAAAUUUAACUAUAUCCUGCUGUGGAGUACAUCAUUAUAAUAUCCCUAUAUCUGCAGAAAUCACCAGAUAUCCCUGGACUUUGAGAUUUUUGCUGUAUAUGUAAGUGGGUCCCUUCAGCUUCCCAGCAAUGAAAGUAUGUAGCAGUUAGAGAAAUAAGGUCAUGAAAUGUCAUCCAAAUUUAGGGCAACGAUUCCUUGUGCUUUAUUGCCCUGUGGGUCCAGUAAGGUUAUUAAACAUUUAUUUUUCCCCUGAACAUUUCAGGUUUUUUUCCUCCCAGAUAUUUCAGAAGUUUUCUGGGGACUAUCUGUAAAAAUGACUCAUAGGGCUAUAUUCUGCCCUCGGAUCACACCCUUGAAGCCCCAUGAGCCUCAGUAGAGUUGCAUGAAUGCAGUGGAGGGCCCAUGGUAUUUGAGUUACAGUGCUAAUCAUUACCAUAAACAGAAUUUCUUCAUAAUGGAAUCUUGUCAUUGCUGUUUAGUAUUCAUUAGCCGUGUACAGCCAGAUGCUCUCGCUGUUUGUUCCACAGUAGUGACCUUCUAAGUGUGUGUAUAUGCCUCUCCCACUUCCAUUGGUACAUCUAGCAAAAAGAUUGAAAUCUACCCGAAGUUUUCUGUCUGUUGUAUGCUAGACAUACAGUACAUUUGCAUUUGUUAUUAAAAAAAAGUCUCAAAUUCCAAACAGGAUGAAUCUAUUUCAGCGUUUAAAGACCAAUCUGUGAUCCUUAUACAUGACCGCGUUUGCAUUACUUCUCUGUUGAUCUUAGAGGGAUCUUGUUUAGCUAUUGUCUACAUGUACGCCUUCACAACUUAAGUCAACUGCUGACUUUUUAUAUGCAAUGUUGAUUUCAGCCUUUUACUGUAAAUUUGUUCUUCUCAAAGAGAAUGUGCAAUAGGAAAACAGAAAAGGGUAGCUCAACUUCAGUGAUAAUGAAAUGUAAUGGGUAACAUGCUAGUUAUCUUAAAAAAAUAAAGAUAAAAUGCAGUUUAAUUCCUCUUCCAAAUUGGUUUUCCUAUUUGGAAAAGGAAAGUUGAAGAUAUGAAAUGUGCCUGAUGAAUCUCUCAAAUGCAAGGUAAUGGAGAACUGUGUUAGUUGUAGUUUUAAAGUACUGAACCCAUGAAUGUUAGGGUACGAUUGUACUGCUCAAGUUGCUACCAACUUGCCCUGAUUAAGGCAUGUUGCGACUGAGUUUAAAACCCACCUAUUUGUUAACUGUAGUCCAUCAUGCUGAAUAGGCAUUUCACCAACAAUGCAGUUUCUAAUAACAUUGGUGCUCUGUGGUGCAAGACAGAAAAGCCUGUAGGCAAUGUAGAGAAGUAUUCUGCACCUCCUGACUAUAUCAAAUGUUACUGCAGUCUUGAUGCCUUGAUGUUUAACUAUGCAAAUAUAUUAAUAGGUGGAGGGAGAAAAAAAAUCUUAGCAAAUGAAUUUUAGUUACAAACCUAGUACCUUAGUUUUCACUGUUACAAUGUUAUAUAUAUAUUCUGGGUUUGUCAUCAGGCAAAGAAUUGUUUGACCAUAUAGAAGUUGUCAAAAUAAUCCCAGCCCCCAAAUCAGUCUUCGCUGACUGAUGCAAAUAUUUUUUGCUGCUGUUAAGGGAGACUCAUGUAUAGCAGCAAGCCCUGGAUUCCCACAUUCCAGGUAUGAAGACUCAGCACACUGCACACAAAAUCUGCUUUGUCUCGUGGGAAGUGGGUAGCUUGCUGGAUCCUUCUGAAAACUUUAUAUGGAUGCUCCAUGGAGUGGCGUCUAUUCACACAUCCUUCCUUUCACUCAGCUAAUCAGGAGAUUCAGGGUUUUUUAAAAAAAAUAUAGUUGGUGCUGGGCAGCUCAGAAUGAAGAGGUGGGGCGAAAGAUUAUUGUUUUUUGAUUCGGGAAGGUAAGAAAAUGGAAAAACAGCUAGUCCUCUGCCCACCUCUUCCUGGGAUUCCUGUAGUUUACUUCAAUCAAUACCUCUCAACUUCUGUUGACCUAGAAAUCAUGGUAACUUCAAAAAAAAAAAAA